GUCAGUCAUGGCAUUAAAAAGAAAACGCGGCGGUGUUGUUGGCUCCCUUAGUGGUUAAAGGUUCACGGGGAGUUAACUGUAGUUUGAUUGAAAACUAAUUGAAAGAUUUUGGUGAACGGUCGAAGUCGUCGACAGGGAGAUUUUCUUGGCUGUAGGGCCCACUGCCAAACGGGAUAAUGUUUCCUUGAAGUAUACAGACUUUAAACAUUUAAACUUGUUUUUUUACACGGUUACCUGCGUUUAAAGCUAAUUAUGACUAAAGGCCGAAAUUUCACGCCUGCUACGGAUAGUGAUGGACUCUGGUAUCGACACAGACAAGUAGAAUCCAGAGAUGUCGAUUCCAGGUUGGGUCUCUCUACUAGCACAAGAGAAAUGUUGGAGGCACCGUUCUCCGCCCCUGUAAGACCAUCCAGUCCACCAACGUUAUAUAAACAAAAGGAAGAGUCCUUACACAACCAGGAGUACCCCUUCACACAACAUGACAACAGAAACUUUUUCCAAAACAGAGGAGAGUACUUUGGAAAUGGCAAAGACACACGCUGUCUUGGCAGGAGAGUGCAUCCCCACGACAAACGCCUGCACCACACAGAGAACUCAUUUUUACAUCACCGAUCCAAAGAUAUGACACCGUUUGACUACAACCCAAUAACAGCGACAUCAUUCCGACAUCCAGGACCAACAGAAGCUCCUACCAGAAGACGAUUUCCGAAAAUAUAUCAGGAACCAAAAGUGCCAGCAGACUGGAAGACACAACAUCUAACCACAUGGAGUGCUUCCCCUUAUAGAACGCCUCUGUGUUUACUGGCCCUGUCUCAGGAACCUUUCCUGGACCACAAUCCUUGGAAGUAUUGUUACCAUGGCAGCACAAAAGUCUAUCCUCAGUAUAACAGAAAAAAGUUUCCCCAUGUGCCCAACAUUCUCAACAGAUAUGGACCAGAUUUUACCACAGUCACAUCCUCUCAGGGAAACUAACUUUCUAAACUGAAAUGUUCAUGACUUUCUUCUUUUCAUGAAUGUUUCAUUAUUCAAGCAAACCUAGGUAUUAAGCCUAAAAUGGCUAAAGUAUGAUUUCAGGCAAGCAUUAAGUUCUAUUCUGUUUUUAGAGGUAUAUGGCAUAGGGUGAACUAUUAUUUGAGUCAGUCAAAACUGUAAAAAGGGGGGGGGGGACUAAUUUUUGACCAACAUUGCCCUUAUGAUAAGCUGGAUUAUCAUUGUUUCAGAUUCCAAAUCAUUAUUAAUAUUAUCUGGUUUGGUCAAUAAGAUUGCAAUAAUCUCUAUAAAAGCAAUAUUUUAUUUUUAUUUACUCAAAACAACUGGAAGCCAUUAAACUAUAAAUAUUUA